UGCAGCCCCUGGAGUGAGCGGGGAGCAUUCUCGCUGGCAGCCGGGGUCACGGGCAGUUGCAGCCGCGGCCGAGCAGCCAGCCGCUAAGAAAGAGCUCGCCGCUGCCGCUCCCGGAGCCGCCGAGGCCAGCUUCGCGGCGCUGCCCCGCGGCGGGAGAGGAGGCUGCAGAAGAGCGGAGGCGGCCAGCGGGAGCGGCGGGGCUCAGCGCGCACACUCAGCGGCCCGGGAGCCUCCCGAGCUCCGCGCCCGCACGCGCCAGCCGCGGCUCGCGCCUUUCUUGGCCUCCGGGCGCCCGACCUCUCCUCCCCCGCGCCGGCUCGCCGGGGCCGCGGCGGCCCAAGGAGCAGCAUGAAUCUGCGGCUCUGCGUGCAGGCGCUCCUGCUGCUCUGGCUCUCCUUGACCGCGGUGUGUGGAGGGUCCCUGAUGCCGCUUCCCGAUGGGAAUGGGCUGGAAGAGGGCAAUGUCCGCCACCUAGUGCAGCCCAGAGGGUCGAGGAAUGGGCCAGGGCCCUGGCAGGGAGGUCGGAGGAAAUUCCGCCGCCAGCGGCCCCGCCUCUCCCAUAAGGGACCCAUGCCUUUCUGAAGCAGGACUGAAGGGGCCCCCAAGUGCCCACCCCCUGCGGUUCUGUCUCCUCCAUAGAUUGGUCUGCUUCUCUGGAGGCCUCACGUCCAUUCAGCUCUCACCUCGCACCUGCUGUAGCCACCAGUGGGCCCAGCUCUUCUCACCUGCCUGCUUCCCCCAGUGGCGUGCUCCUGGCUGUAGUUUGGAUGAUUCCCGUUCUCUCACAAGAAUCCGUCCAGUCCAUCUUCCUGGCCCCUCCCUGGACUGACUUUGGAGACCUAACCCCAGAAAGCCUCCCUUCUUCUCCAGGUCCCCUCCGCCCUAGUCCCUGCCUGUCUCAUCUAACGCCCCAAACCUUCACUUGGGCCUUCCUUCCUCAUUUCUGCCCUGGCCGCGGGGUGGAAAUGCUCCCUUCUGUGGGCUCCAGCAGAUCCCUUGUUUUCCUGUCAGUUGGACCCCUCACCCGGCCUCCAGGGAAGAAUGCAGAGAAAAGCAAGGAGAGACUCUAGUUAAGAGGUGCUGUCUGUGGGGAUCCAGACAGGGCACACUGGGGGCAUGGAAGUGUGGCGGGGGGAGCUCUGGUGAAGUGGGUGGAGCAUCGGCGUUUGCUCAGAUAAGGGAGAGGUAGAGAGGGGCCCGUGAAGUCCUUUGUCACUUCUCUUGCCUUAGUGUGCCUCCCAAUUCUCCCUUCUUCCUGCCCCCACACCCCGUCCCCAGCUAGCCCAAGCUCCAGGUCAGGAUGGGAGGGUGCUGGGCCUGACAUGGCUCUAUACCCUCCCAGGAGUAAAAGCCAAGCAAGAGGUUGUUUUUGCCAAGAAUCACAGAAUAUUAGAGCUGACAGGACCCUUGAAGAUCACUUAGCCUUCUUAGGCAAACGCCUGCAAAACAGAAGCCUGGAGAGGGGAGUGACCUGCUCAGAGUCAUUGCAGAGCCGGGAUGGGGACCAGGUCUCCCAUCUCCUACUUUAUGACGACCUCUUCCCUCUUGAUGAUGUCCUUUCAAAGCAAAUGAAGUGCCUUUUCCCGAGGCUGGGGCUGGGGGUGGCUGGGAGUCCGAGGUAGCCUUCAAUCACUGGACUCCAUGGCCUUCCCUUCGUGUUGACCGGACCUUCCUUCCAGGGCUUUUCCUUCGGGGGAGGCGGAGAGGGGAGAAGAAGGAAGGGAAGAGCAGAAGGAAGGAGGGAAGAAAAGAAAGCAAAGGAAGAGAAGGAAGGAAAGAAAGAUGGGAGGAAGUGCAGCAGGAAUAGCACCCUCUCCCCGGGAAGCCCCAGCUUCCGUGAGGGGCCAUCACCAGCCAUUCCUUGGAGGGGGCUUUCUCCCCUUUUGCUUGAGCAGGCUUCCCAGGAGGGAGAAAGAGAAGACAAGAGCCUGAUGCCCAACUUUGUGUGUGUGGGGACGGGGGAGUCAGGGCCCCCCAAGUCCCACAAUAGCCCCAAUGUUUGCCUAUCCGCCUCCCCCAAGCCCCUUUACCUAUGCUGCUGCUAACGCUGCUGCUGCUGCUGCUUAAAGGCUCAUGCUUGGAGUGGGGACUGGUCGGUGCCCAGAAAGUCUCUUCUGCCAAUGACGCCCCCAUCAGGGAUUGGGCCUUCUUUCCCCCUUCCUUUCUGUGUCUCCUGCCUCAUCGGCCUGCCAUGACCUGCAGCCAAGCCCAGCCCCGUGGGGAAGGGGAGAAAGUGGGGGAUGGCUAAGAAAGCUGGGAGAUAGGGAACAGAAGAGGGUAGUGGGUGGGCUGGGGGGGCUGCCUUAUUUAAAGUGGUUGUUUAUGAUUCUUAUACUAAUUUAUACAAAGAUAUUAAGGCCCUGUUCAUUAAGAAAUUGUUCCCUUCCCCUGUGUUCAAUGUGUUUGUAAAGAUUGUUCUGUGUAAAUAUGUCUUUAUAAUAAACAGUUAAAAGCUGACAGUUCGCCCUUACUCUUGGAGGUCAUGUUCAGGAGGGGCAUUCCUUUCCCCUGGGGGUCAUGGUUGUCCCCAUGCCCACAUAUUGCACGUGCAGGGAGGUAAGUGCCUGCAUCCCAAAUCGGUUCUAGGUCAACUGGCCUCAAACUGAUUUGCCAUGAGCUCACAGAAUGAAUCCCUAUGCUUAAUGACCAGGUCACAUAAAAUCCAGCCCACUUACAGGUUUUCUGGCAUCUGUUUGGGUGUCCUAAUUUUUUUGGCAGUGUCAUUUGAAGAAUUUUUUAAAAGCAGUUUAUUUAAGAACAUACUGAUUAAAUGCAGGAUCGCUACUAAAAAUUGUUUUGUAUCCUUGGUGGGUGUCUUCUGCUAUUUUAUCUACUUUUGAACACUUUCAGGACUUUUUAGCCAGUUUGCCUUUCUUGAAAAAUGUUAUGUUUUCAGCAAUAAAUACAUUUGAUAAUGACUUUGUUUGUAUCAUUUUAUGUUUCACAAAGUAGAGUUGCUUGAUGAAUGAGAUAGCCUGAAAAAUAAAAUGCAAAGAGUUCAAUAUAA